CCAGAUUUGCGACAGUGCAGAAGAUAAGAUAGUUCAAUAUAUAUAAUACCUUCAACAAGAUGGAGACUGGUGAUAAAACAUUGUUUCUUCUUUUGGUGGCCACUUUAUUGGUACACAAAUCUAGUGCUCUAAAUAAUCUGUGUCUAUAUUGUGACCACGUGGCUCUCCCGCAAGAUUGUACUCGUGUUGUCAGAUGUCCAAACCACCAGAAUUGUCACAUUGAAAAGUUCCAGACGAUAGAGGGAAGAAUUUACUACAAAUUAGGAUGCAAAGACAUUGGUCAAUGCAGUGAUAUAGCUAUUGGUAAACGGAAAACACAUGAAAUCGAUACACAAAUGAACAUAGAAGUUGGAAAUUUGGCACAUUAUACUAAUACACGUGAUCUUGGAGAUACUUCAUUAUGCCAUGCAUGUUGUAGCGGGCAAGACGUCUGCAACAUGAAUGGCCUUUGCGGAGCGACACCUAUCAAUAAAUAUGGAGGAACGAUUUGUUUUGCUUGUAGUCAGGAGGAACGACCAGACAGUUGUCGACAAAUACGUUUGUGUGCUUCUGGGCAGGAAUGUGUAACUCAGCAAAUUCUAAACCAAUUAUCAAAAAGAACGUUAUAUCAGACCGGCUGUGGAAGCAAAGAUCAAUGUUUAGCACCAGACGACCGAACACAAUGUUGUACAAGUGAUCUGUGUAACCAUGUGAUUUCUUGUAAUAUACUAUUGAAUGCACGACUUGGAGGACCAUAUGUUGACAGUGACAGAAAAGUAAAAUUUAAUUGUUCGAUCCUUACUUCCACAUUAAGGACAGAUGUUCAGUACCAUGUGGCUUGGACAAUUGAUGGUUUUCCAUUGAACAACAACAAUGGUAUUGCAUUAGUUAGCACCUUGAGUUCAUAUGAACGUGUUGCAAUAUUGGAUACAAUUAAUCUUCAAGGAAAUCUCAAUAAAAUGCUUCGAUGCAAAGUUGAAGUGACCUGUAGUAACGAUUCAAACGUUGAACAUGUCAACAGCAAUGGUUACUGGGUAGGAAUGAAGGUAUCACCCCAGAGAAUAACUCAUACAAUAGAACAGAUUGUUACAGUAGAAUCAACGCUUCCAUUGAUCAGCUUGGAUCCUUUAGAUAAACUUUCUGUUGGCGUACAAAUAGAAAGUACAGGUCGUAAUGUAACAACGUGUGCCUUCAGUUUUGAAUUCGAUUCCUCGACAGGAAAGUAUACAACUAAAAUACCUGUCCAUAUAAAACCACACUCUUUUUACAAGUCAUCUGACACAUUAAUAUUUCAACGAUUAAGGAAUCUGAAUUAUCCGAUGUUUAACGAUUACAGUCUACCGAUCGUUCACAUUGGUCCUUACAUCCCUUCACAUGAUGUUUUUCGUUCCUGUAAGUUAGAGGGGAACAGUAUUCGAGUGUUUGAUAGUUCAACGUUAAGUAUCCAACAAGGACAGUAUCUAAAUUUGAUUCUGUAUCGAACACAUAACGUGCCUUCUAUGGAGAUAACAGUUUUAACUGGUUCAAAUAUAACAGUGGAUAUCAACAGAUCAUAUGUGGACAUGAAUGUAACUUUGUCAAUAAUUAACAAAGAUCUAAAUCCUCCUGGCGGAAUUUGUGGGAAUGACACUUGGAUUGAGAUUCCUGGUGUUGGUUAUGUUUCCAGUCAAGGACAAAAGGAGUCGGCGUUUCUUCGAACAUGGACGUUAACCAAAGACAAAAGCUCAUUUGAUGCUGCCAUUCCUUUUGACUCAAAGAACAUUAUUAUUGAUAUGGGAUACUGUAAUUGUGAGUCAAAUCGGGUUUCCUGUGGAACAAAAAUAUAAAAUAAA